GUGACCUACAAAAAGACUUUUGUGCUAUCUGAAAGCUUUUCCCUUUUAUAUCCUUAUCUUCGUCUCCAUCUCUCUCCAUCUUCAAAUAGUCUUUCCCAAUUACAGGAGCUUUUCUUAUUGGUUUUGAAGAUGCCAGGAAUUGCGUUUGGACGGUUUGAUGAUUCUUUCAGUUUGGGAUCCAUUAAAGCCUAUAUUGCUGAGUUCAUCUCCACCUUGCUCUUUGUUUUUGCAGGCGUUGGUUCAGCCAUAGCUUACAGCAAGUUGACAUCCGAUGCGGCUCUUGAUCCUGCUGGUCUAGUAGCCAUUGCUAUAUGCCAUGGUUUUGCUCUGUUUGUUGCAGUCUCAGUGGGUGCCAACAUCUCUGGUGGCCAUGUCAACCCAGCUGUCACCUUCGGAUUGGCUCUCGGUGGCCAGAUCACCAUCCUCACUGGCAUCUUCUACGUGAUUGCCCAGCUUAUUGGCUCCAUUGCAGCAUGUUUCCUUCUCAAACUUGUUACUGGUGGCUUGGCAAUUCCAGUUCACAGUCUUUCAGCUGGAGUUGGAGCAGUACAAGGAGUUGUGUUGGAGAUCAUCAUCACCUUUGCUUUGGUAUACACUGUAUAUGCAACAGCAGCUGACCCAAAGAAGGGCUCAUUGGGAACAAUCGCUCCCAUCGCCAUUGGUUUCAUCGUCGGUGCAAAUAUCUUGGCUGCCGGACCUUUCUCCGGCGGAUCGAUGAACCCAGCUCGUUCCUUUGGACCAGCCGUGGUUAGCGGUGACUUCCAUGAUAACUGGAUCUACUGGGUUGGUCCUUUGGUUGGUGGUGGAAUUGCUGGUCUUAUCUAUGCAAAUGUUUUCAUUCACUCUGAACACUCACCCUUAUCCAAUGACUUCUAAUUUGUUUGUCUGAAAUCCUAGUGGUUUUUUUUCGUUUUUGUCUAUAUCUCUUUGUAUCAAUAAAGAAGAAAGAACAAUUAUUGUUCUUUCUUCUUUUGCUUUUCAUUGAUUUUUUUUUUUUUUCUUUUGAAAAUUUUCGACUUAAUUUCCUUUUGUAUUUUGUUGUUGUAAAGUAAAGCUUAUGAGUUGUUGUCAACUUUAGCUUUAUAUUAGAGAAUGUAUGAAUUGGUGAUUUCAGUGCAGGCAUUGGAUAUGCGUGGUUUGUUCC